AUGAUUUCCUCAAGUUCUACUGGAUUAAAUUGUAUCAAGUUCUACAUCGAAGAUUACCUGGUUGGAUAUAUCCAUCGUGAAUUUCUACCUCAACUAGCUAAAUACUCCAGUGUUUUCGUCAUAAACUCUGACUGCGUCCGUCUCCAUCCUCAACUUGGCUCGUUUGAGCAGAGAACGGCUGCUGUCGAGAAUGUUAUGCAGGAUUUACGAGGUUCCCUCAAAGCCCUUAAGGGUUGGCAAAACGAACAUUAUGGUGUCUGCGUGGAGGGCCACUCGCGCGCGCUCAUGUCAGUCGAGCGAGCCGCCUCCAGGGUCCUGGGGAUUAAACGAUACGGUGUGCACAUCAACGGAUACACCUUCCUUUCAGAGCCGUCGAUGGCCCCCAAACCGCCAGCUCACGUUGUAGCCGGUGUGGAGGCCGUAGAAGGCCACAAUGAGCUCAAACUUUCGAAUGUCCCGCCUAAUCUCCGAAUGUGGAUUGCUUUACGGUCAAAGUCUAAGACCAAUUGGCCAGGCUUCCUGGACCUCAUUACGGCCGGUGGACUUCCCUAUUCAAUGAAGGCGCUCGACUGCGCGAAGAAGGAGGCCCGAGAGGAGGCUGGCAUUCCGGACGGCCUGCUUGAAAACCUGAAGCCCUGCGGCACCAUUACCUAUGCAUUUGACGACGACGCUGGAGUGGGCGCUGGCGUUGCCUACCUGUACGACCUGGAGCUGCCUCCGGAUUUUCAUCCAGUGAAUUGUGACAAGGAGGUCGAGGAGUUCUAUCUGUUGUCGCCCCACGAUGUCGCCAAGUUGAUUCAGACGGAGAGUUUCAAGCAGAAUUGCGGUAUGACGGUUCUGGACUUCUUCAUUCGUCACGGAUACGUCGAUCCAGAUGAAAAUCCGCGUUUGGAGGAGUGGCUGCAGCUUAUGCACUACAAGCUACCCUACGAUUAG